AUGACAACUUUGACCACGUUUCCUGAAGACGACAGAUGUCCAAAAGUGUGCACCGAUAUAGGAGCAUUUAAAAAAGCCGACAAGACGCCGGAGCAAGCGCUUGAAGAAGUUAAAGCCGCAGCUGAAGAAAAUGCCAAAGUUGAAACUAAAGUUGAACCACCGACGCAAGCUCCACCUCCACAAAACCCACCAGAGGUAAUGAGACCACCACCUUCAGGCGACGAAUAUCUCCCUAACCUUAGACCUGGUCAAGAUGGUAAGGUUGAUUGGACGCCGCUCGGCGGAAUGACUGGAACUAGACCUGGCGUAAACAAAUACAGUAUAAGUAGAUAUUCACUUAGUGAAUGGCGAAAACACAACGAACACGUACUCGAUCCAGAAAUAUUAACAGAGUCCAAUAUUGUCGAAUACAACGCAAAAACUUCAAUGAUGCAAGCAUUUGGAAAUAUAGACAAACAGCAAAGCGAAAAUGCUAAAAGACUAAAACAGAAGGCUAGAGAUAUUUUCAGAUGGAAAGUGGAAGUCGAGAAGGCUUGUAAAGCUAUAACGGAUGAAGUUGAACAAUUAGAAAUAGAACGACAGCGGUUGAAAGGCGCUUCCAGAGUCCUCAUGCUGCCAGAAUCCAUUUCCAAAGAGUGUUUAGAUCUUCGUUCCAAUCGGUUCGAACCAGAUUUAGUUGCAGAUCUUGCUGAACAGGAACUAAUCAAAGAAAUGAACCUUGUAAGUGAAGUGAGAGCAACACUUAAAAAUACGCUUAAUCAGAUAGAAGAACAAUUGGCUAUAAAUAAAGCAGCUAAACAUCGCAUUGAAUUCGAUUGGUGCGAUAAAACAAUGGCCUAUAACACAGAAACUACAAAUUUAGGUCUUAACACCAAAUCAAAUACGAUUUUAUUUCGACCUGGAUCAACUCGUUUUGGCGAUUUCACGGCACCUCUUGAAUAUUGGGAAUUUUUUUGUAGAGAAAAUGUACAAAAUUGCGAGGCGGCUAGGCAAAAGUCAGCAGAUUUACGCGGAAGCCUUAACGCUAUUCUUGUAAAUGGCGGUAGGAAACUAAGAAAUCAAGCUGACAAAACUGACAUUGCUCUGGCUGAAACCGUAGCUAUAACACAAGAACUUUGCACGAAACUAGAAGAAACACUUCGCAAUACUCUACAGAGAAUAGCCGAUACAGAGUCUUUGAUCGACAAUUUACAUGAAUCUAUACGUAAAAUGGACGCAGCAAUGAAGCUAGCACAAACUAGACUAGACAACAGAAACAAUUGGAGACCUCACGGUGAAAAUGUUCGCGAUCAGCCUCACCUGGGUUUGAUAGAAGAAGUGAAGAAGAUCCACGAGACCGUGACCUCAUUGUUGGGACAGUUAAGAAACGCUGAGAGGGUUCGACGAGAUCUCUUGAACAAAAGAAUCGAAUUGGAAAGGGACAUAGCAUCCAAGAGGAAGACUUUAAACAUUGAUAGGGAUCGAUGUGGAAUGGUAAGGUCCCAUUAUCCAUCCGCUUCUGAAUUAGCCGGAUAUUAAAACAAAUUGUUUCCUGGACCGUCACAUAAUACGAUUUAAAGCACAAAUCUGCAUCAUGUAUGCAUUUGCAUACAUACACUGUUAUUGUCUACUCGUAAAUUAAAGUGGUCGUAAUGUUUAUGAUUUUCAGCGUUUAAUUCGUUUGCAUAAUGUCGUACUUUUACUUGUGUACUUCCUAUCUCAUAAACAACCCACAUAAACUUUUCCAACUCACGUCCAAUGUAUUGUAGUUGCGACAUAAUCCAAUGGAAACUACAUCAUACAUGAGCUUUGAACGAUCAGUACAUUUUAAUGGUGAUUUAAGUUGUAUCCAAUCACGGAUCUCAACUUUGUAUUUCAAACUACUUCUUUCAUAACUGAAGAUGUAAAUGAACUUUAAGGUUGCAUAGUUUGAGGUGCUCCUUGAUGAAAUAAUUAUGCAAAAGUUUCGUAACA